UGUUGAACGCAAAUUUGAAAAUUCGCGAAACGCGAGACAUAAAAUUCUAGAGCGACUGAUAGGUUAAGGUAACCUAGUCUGAGAAGUGAGAGCGGCGAAGUCGCGAAACUACCGCGAACCAGUUGAACGAGUGAAACGAGAUUUUUAAUGAAUAUUUACGAGCAUAAUAAACAAUUCAUUGAAUAAUUAGGCAGUCGACAAUUAUUUCUUAUGUAGAAUCAUUUGGGAGAGCUUAGGUUUCCUCCUCCUGUAAUCCGAUUAAAAAUGAUUGACGUUUCAAAUAGGUUAUGCGCAACUAGGGACUAGGGAGGCAUUAUAAAUGACGAUACGGCUCUUUAAAUAUUUCGCAUUUAAUUUAACGUCGUGAAAAAUAUGAUUGGGAUGCGAAUGAAUGCGUUUAACGAUAGUGGACUUGGGGAGCCGGAGCAAGAUGCGAACACGGCCCUCAUAGAACUUGACAAAGGUUUGCGUUCCACCAAGACUGGAGAACAAUGCGAAGCCAUAGUACGUUUUCCUCGACUGUUCGAAAAGUAUCCCUUCCCAAUAUUGAUAAACUCGUCCCUGUUGAAAUUGGCCGAGGUAUUUCGCACUGGAAGUAACUUCCUGCGAGUGUGGGUUCUGAGAGUGUGCCAGCAGAGUGAGAAACAUCUUGACAAGAUCUUGAAUGUAGAUGAGUUUGUGAGACGUAUUUACAGCGUUAUACAUUCAAACGAUCCAGUCGCCAGGGCUCUCACCCUGCGCACAUUGGGCAGCGUAGCCGGCAUCAUUCCCGAGAGGCAGCAAGUACACCACAGUAUAAGGAGAUCUUUGGACUCUCACGAUUCGGUUGAGGUAGAAGCUGCAAUAUACGCAGCUCAAAUGUUUGCGGCACAGUCCAAAUUGUUUGCUGUAUCCAUGUGCAGUAAGAUCUCUGAUAUGAUUAGAGGACAAGCCACCCCCGCCUCGAUGAAGUUGCAGCUUAUACCGAUUCUACAGUACAUGCAUCACGAUACUUUUACAGCGUCAAUGGUAAAUGAAUUGUGUAUGGAGCUUCUCGCGAGUUAUCCGGCAGCAGAAUUUGUCAGAGUCACUCUAAGUGCACUAAGCACCCUGGCUUCUGCGACAUUAAUAGACGUGCCACAACAGGUUGCAUUAUUAUUACGCUAUUUGCAAGACGACCCGAGACUGUCCGUUAAACGUCACGCCUUGCAUCUUUUGCACAGUUUAGCUAGAAGAGGGGCACAUCUCUGGCCGCAGGGGGCCCUUAAUAAUUUAAUUGAGAGCACUACAACGCUUUUGCAAGACGGUGCGGGAAAUACGGAUCUUCUCAUCCGCACUUUAGCUGUAAUCGAGGUACUCAGCCAAAAUGCUGCAACGUGCGAUGCAAACAUGGAAGAAAACAGUCCCUUAUUGCAAUUGUGUUUAAAUGCGUGUUAUUCGCCCGAUCCAUUUGUCGCAGUAAAAGCCAUUACUAUACUUUCUAGAGUUGCCUGUUAUUGUUAUCAAGAAGGAUUGCCCGCUUAUGGUAUACAAGACGUAAUUUCCUGUCUCGAAUCUCUGAUCGCAUUACUAGUUUUGGACGACAAACAUUUGCAUCAGUUGAAGGCGUGCCUACGUUCGACGGUGAAACUAUGUCAGUCGCAGCCUAGUCAUUGCGCUAUAUUUGUCGAUGCUAUUGGUUCUACUCUUGUCAACGCUAGUGCAGAAAACGGUCAGAAUGAGAAGCAAACGGUCGCACUGUGCGAAGCCUUGGGCGCUAUUGGUAGUUUAGAAGAGAAUACGUUGCUUCCGCUUUUACCGGACAUUUUGAUCAAGCUUAAACAGACAUCUCAUGUACAUACGAAGGUAAUGCUUUGUACAUUACUAUUCCAAAUGGUGGCUGGAGGAUACGAAUGGAAUUCGGAAUGUUUAGAGGCGGUAGAAAACAUCGUGAGAAACGUGGACGGUUGGGCGAAAUAUCGCAUUGCGCGCAGCGCCGCGAGAUACGGCCAUCAUACAAUUGCCACUGAAAUAUUUAAAGGUCUUAAAGAAACUGUAGCAUCGGAGCAGCUACAUUUUUGGCUGUCCGGUUUAGAAUUAGUUACAAAAGCAGAAUGCUGUCUCACGAAUAAGACGGAAGGCAAAGAAAAUGUGAGUAAAGCCGAGAUUGUGGAAAAACUGAAUGGCGCGAUAGCGCGUUAUGCAAGCGCUUGCGCAUCCCUCAAAGCCGCUAGCACUCCGUUACGAAGUUUACAAUUUCCAAGCGAAUAUUCGAAAUUACGUUGCGAAUUCCUGCAAUCCAUAGCACAAUUAUUACAUUCGUGCAUAUCUUUAUGUACCGCACCACCACCCGCUAUAGCUGUUACAGUCGUCAUUGCGACGAAAGACGAUCUCCAGAGAUAUGGACGCGUUACGCAUCAGUUAAGAAAAUCAGCGCAAGAUUUGAAAAACUGUGCGGAAAACUAUCAGAAGCUAUAUCAAUCAGCCUUCGAUGCUGAUCCGGAAUCGUUGGCGAAUAUUCGGGCAUUACAAGAAAUCUGUCGGUUGCUCGCAAACAGCGUGGAACGAGUUUGCGGGGAGCCUGGUAUCCCAAUGUAUCAGCAGCAGAACGAUCCCGUGAAUUUCCAUUUCGGCGACUCCGUGGAGAUGCGACAAUUGGCUCGCUGUUGCGCCGAGCUGCGCCGUUUAGCUCCAUCCUGGAUGGGCAGCGAAGGCAAGACCGUAGCAAUUAGCCAUCCUAGAGUUAGUUGCUUGAUGUCGCAAGUGACGCUGCUCGCUGGAGGAACCAUGAGAUUGCCGAUUCCACGGUACUUCUUCCAAACUCUGCAAACUACUAGCAUUAAACUAUCGGUGUCACCUCAACCGCGUGUUCUCGGUGAGCCCGUGUCUGUGCCGCAAGGCAGUCAACUGGCGCUCAAAGUCGAAGGAGUAUUGCGACACGGUCGAUGGGCAUCUCUUUUCCGUUCCGUCGCUGCCGUGUGCAUUUCCAUUUCAACGACGCCACCUUCGAAAAUAAAUUCUGAUCAAAAGGAUUCCAAUAUGAAUGAAUUGCAACAGACUGUAACACCUCACCGAGAUUUCUUCGCUUGUGAAUUUUUACUGUCUUUGGGAAUACCUGGAUCUACGAUUAUGCCCCCAUGUACGGUUGGUGCAAACAUUGUCCCGGGUAGCGGUGGUCAAUAUCAAAUCACAGCGAGCGCGAGUAUACUUGACAAGGACGGCAACGUAUGGAAGUGUGGUCCACGUUCCACGUUACCCGUUAGAGUACACGAGGAACCUACCAAGAGGAAAUUACCUUAAGGACACGUACUCUGUCGGUCGUGGCAUCGGAGUGACGUUAGCCAUCAAGUAGCGAGUGUCGACGUUUGAGUGGACGCGCGGGCGACGGCCCUAUAAAAGGGA